AUGCAACACAAAGCUAAGCUCAUAAUCAAAAAAACAAUACUGUUGUAGCUUGUUUCUUUGGAUCCAACAAUGGCUUAUGCUAAUCUUGCUCCUUUGGCUGUCUUCAUGCUUGCCACAUUUUUAAUGUUUUCGAUGAAGAACGUAGAAGCUGUGGAUUGUUCGGGUGUAUGUUCGCCAUUUGAGACGACACCAUGCCGCUCAACAGAUUGUCGGUGUGUUCCAUGGGGACUAUUUGCGGGUCAGUGUAUCUAUCCAACUGGAUCUGAACUAAUUGUAAAGAUGGUUGAAGAACAUCCUUACUUAUGUCAAUCUCACAGCGACUGUGUCAAGAAGGGCAAUGGAAACUUCUGCGCUAAUUAUCCUAAUUCUGAAAUCCAAUAUGGAUGGUGUUUUUCCUCCAACACUGAAGCUCAACACUUUUUCACAAUUGGCUCUAAACUUGCAGGAAAUGACCUCUUCAAUAUUGGCUCUAACGGUAAAACUAAAGACUUCUUGAAGAUGGCUGCGGCAAUUUCCACUUAAAUAUCCAACAAAAGUAUCAUGCAUCUAUCUACGUACUACUUUGAAUAAUCGGUCUUUGUUUCCAACUCAUCAGUUGGAUUUCUUAGAUAUCCCUACGAAAUUAAAUAAAUGAUGCAUGUGCAAGUAAUAAUAUUUUAUUUCACUAUCA